UCGGACGAUGCCCGUACGUAUGUCGGUCAGUCCGUAAAUAGUAAGCUUAACUUCACGCCCUUAAUGUCCGUUUGGAGAUGGCAGCUUUCCACAGGGGGGGAGGCGACGUUUGAUUUCUCCGAAACGGCGGUGUACGUGGAAGGGAGAGAACGAGCGCAGACCUCGUAAUCCAUGCGGAUGGAGUAAACUCACGAGACCUCGCACCUUAAAGACCUAAGAUUAUGGGCUGCAGAUGGGGUCCAGAUACCUGGGUGCUGAAAGUAAGCAGAGCUGUUGACUUGUUGAAUGCACAAGCUCAAAGACCGACAGGAUCACUGCCCUUGUCUCCUUUACGCCCUUCUCGUUUUAGGCUUCAUGUACGAAAACCCGUCGGACACAGGGUUGGCUACCUCGGUUGGAAGUACGUCCAAAACCCCAGGAGCCGAGGACAUAAAGGUUGGUUCUGUCGAGCCAGCCAAGUCAGGCAAAGGCUCGGACUCCACACCAGUGCCCUGUGUUUGAACACCUCAGCGUCACGCUGGUAUGCUGGUCUAACGCAACACAUGUCCCGAAUUAGGAGCACGUUGGAUACCGUCUCUAAAGCGGUGAGCGGGACCCAUACAGAACUUCUCUCCAGAAUUGCGAGACUCAAACCCAAUGCUGCCCAGGCGGGUGAAGAGGUUGAGGUCGACCCCAAAGUAACACCAGACACUGAGGAGAGUGUAAUCACACCCACUCCCACCCGUGUUCAUUCCCUUUCCACGGGUGCUACACCCAACUCUACGCCUACAUCUGUAGCCUCCUCUUCAAGCCCUGCACCUGCCUGUGCACCUGACAUCAAAGCCGCUACCUCCACACCACCUCAUAACCGUGACAAAGUAAUUGUCGCUGCCACUCCUUCAAAUACACACGAACCCAGAGAGAAAAAGAUAAGGCGUGUUUCUUCUGCGGUUAAAGCUAAUGGUGCCACACAGAGACCAGAGGAGGUAAAACCAUCAGUUGGCAGCACUGAGACCAAGAGUACUACGAUCUCUAAAUCGACCACACCUCUGUUCCACCCCAGUACCUUCUCAGUCAGCUUAGAUGAGACAUACAACUACCUGGCCCAUCACAUCAAUACCUACUUUAGCAGCAUGGGCACAAAUGAAAAGAGAGUGGAGAGCAGUGCAGGUGCCUCUUCUUCCUCACAGGGCCAACAAAUUAGCGACCUCACGAAAGUGUCUGAUAAACGAGCUAUAGAGCCUGUGGCUACAGCAGCCCCAUCCUCACUGAAAAAGGGUUUAGGACACUACCUGUCCUACUCUGCUCCCACUGUCCAAGCUUUUGUGGGAAGCUACAUUGCGCCCUUGGUCCCCAAGUUCAGGACGGUGGAGGACAAAAGUGCAGCAGCUGCAGAGGAGAAGAAGAAGCCAGAGGAUGCAGCUGUGAAACAAGUCGAGGCUACGGUCAGUAAAGAACACAAGGCCACAGAGGAGAAAGCCAAGAAACUUCUUCUCCAAAGGGAAAAGAUUAUCGCCAGGGUCAGCGUGGACAAUCGAACCCGAGCACUGGUCCAGGCUCUCCACAGAGCGUCAGAUGUUAGGGUCUACAUCAAGAGAGUGGAGGACCUUAGUUACCACCUCCUGGAGUUCCCAGAGACCCGCGGUGUAGCAGUGAAGGAGAAGGCCAUACCCUGCCUACUGCGUCUGAGACAAGCUAGUGACCCAGGCCUGAGGGCAGCAGUCAGGGAGGCCCUCACUCUGGUGGGUUACCAUGACCCCGUAAAAGGUCGAGGUGUGCGGGUCCUGUCCAUAGACGGAGGGGGACUGAGGGGACUCUUAGCCUUACAGACUCUGCAAAAACUGGAAACCCUUACUGGCAAACCCAUCUACCAACUGUUUGAUUAUAUCUGUGGUGUCAGCACAGGUGCUAUUCUAGGUUUCAUGCUGGGCUUGUUCCAAAUCCCCCUGAACGAGUGUGAUGAUCUGUACAGGAAGCUGGGCUCAGACGUCUUCAAACAGAACGUCAUCGUCGGCACGGUGAAGAUGGGCUGGAGCCACGCCUUCUAUGACAGCGAGACCUGGGAGAGCAUGCUCAAAGAGAAAAUGGGCUCAGAUCUGCUCGUGGAGACCUCCAGAAAUCCCAGAUGCCCUAAGGUGGCAGCAGUGAGCACCAUAGUGAACCGGGGCACUCCGCUGAAAGCUUAUGUGUUCAGGAACUACAACCUGCUACCCGGGGUGCGCUCCCACUACCUUGGGGGCUGCCAGCACCAGCUCUGGCAGGCCGUUCGCGCCUCAUCAGCUGCUCCGGGGUAUUUCCAGGAGUUCACCCUGGGCAAUGAUCUCCACCAGGAUGGAGGUUUGCUGAUCAACAACCCCACAGCCCUCGCCAUCCACGAGUGUAAGUGUUUGUGGCCAAACACACCCCUGGAAUGUGUGGUGUCACUUGGGACGGGCCGCUUCGAAUCACCCGGCAAGCACAGCACCACCUACACCAGCCUCAAGACCAAGCUCACCAAUGUCAUCAGCAGUGCCACAGACACUGAGGAGGUUCACACCAUGCUCGACGCCCUCCUCCCUCCAGACACCUACUUCCGCUUCAACCCCUACAUGAGCGAGGAGGUCGCCUUGGACGAGAGCCGCAACGAGAAGCUCAACCUGCUGCAGGCUGAGGGCCUCCGUUACCUGGAGCGGAAUGAGGAGAAGCUGAAGAAGGCCGCCCGCAUCCUCACCCGAGAGAAGAGCUCCGUCCAGAGGUUGGCAGAGUGGGCCAGGCUUAGGGCCGACAUGUACAACGGCCUGCCGUCCUUCUCCUCCAAGCUCUAGCUACGACGCAACCAAACGUUACACACCUUACCUACAACCACCCCCCGCCCACACGCUAAAAUCCAGUAUUGUUUGGCAUUACCAUGGACAAGCGAGCUUUGGUCAUGCAAGAUGUGCAUGUGUAGAUGUGAAGAUGCCAACCAGCCUUCUUUCUUCAUCCUCCAAGCUCUUAACACAACCCACUGACAAACAGACACUCAUCUAGAGAACAUCUCACCCCUAAAGAUCCAAAAACGGAUAACAAUACGAUGGCCAGUGGUCCAGUGGUGGUGCAAGCUCUCAAAGCUUAGGUGUGUAGAUCUGAAGAAAAUGUAUUUUGCCCUUUUUUGUUUUACUAUUAUGGUUUUUUUGUCAUAUGUAUCGGUAGGUGCUCUAUUCUACAAAACACCGCUGGACUCUGAUGUUGAAUGAAGCGUCACUCUGUCCAGCUGUUUUCUGGUUUCAGCAUUUAAAAUGUGUGGAUGCUUUUAUGGGUGACCACCAUGUUGAAGGGAGAUUAUUGGUUAAAAAAAAAAAAACCCUGAAGAGUAAAGCACUGCCGGCAUUGUGAACAAAUGCUUCUAUGACACUAAAAGCAGAGGACUGUAGAUGAUGUCCAGUGGCCCUGCUGAAAGCCAGCAGCUUAUCCUGACAUCAAGCACUUUUAAGCUAUUUGUUUUCCUUUUCAAAGCUAUCUCAUAACAACCAGUCUAGCCUCACAAAACUAUUUAUAAAUACUUUCACUGAAACAGUAUUGAGAAAGUAUACAUUGAUUAGAUUGUACAUAUUUUUUUCCCCGGAGCGAACUGCCAACAAAGGAAUAAUAGUCUUAUCAUAUAACGAUUAACCUAGGGGCAUCUGGGUGGCACGGUGAUCUAUUCUGUUGCCUACCAACACGGGGAUCGGUGGUUCGAAUCCCCUUGUUACCUCCAGCUUGGUCAGGCGUCCCUGCGGACACGGCUGGUCGUGUCUGUGGGUGGGAAGCCGGAUGUGGGUAUGUGUCCUGGUCACUGCGCUAGCGCCUCCUCGGGUCAGUCGGGGCGCCUGUUCGGGGGGGGGGACUCGGGGGAGUAGCGUGAUCCUCCCAUGUGCUACAUCCCCCUGGUGAAACUCCUGUCAGGUGAAAAGAAACGGCUGGCGACUCCACAUGUAUCGGAGGAGGCAUGUGGUAGUCUGCAGCCCUCCCCGGAUGGGCAGAGGGGGUGGAGU